CAUCCAUUUUUCUAGCAAGCUAAGCCACAUAGUAUACACAACUUAAUGCUCUCCAAAAAAAUUCCAUUUACUCCACCGCCCAACUAUUGCGAUCUACAAAUAAUACACUUUUAACUUGUAAUAAGUUGUAGCUCUCGCAUAUACAUACAUGGCCAAAAAUAAAAUUCACCCUCAUCUCUUAUCUUCUUCUUCAACAUCAUCAAGUUGUUCAGAAGAGAAAGAAAAAUAUACAGUUUGGAUGAAAUCACUCGUACUCAAUGGCAAUGGUUGCACAAUCUAUGAUGCUAGCGGCGUCGUCGUCUAUCGUAUCGAUAAUUAUGAUACAAAGUGUAGCAGCCAAGUUUAUCUCAUGGAUCUUAAGGGAAAAGUCUUAAGUACCUUGCUUAGAAAGAAGUUGAGAGUUAAUGAGAAUUGGAAUGGAUACAAAAAUGAGAGAGUUAAACAAGAUAAGCCAUGGUUUCAAGUAAAGAAAAUGAGCAAAGUUUUUAAUAAAGGUGGUGGAUUUUCAUGUCAAGUUACAAUUAAAGGUGAUUCUUGUCAAGCAUUUUCUUGCUUUAGAAUCCAAGGAUGUCCUCAAAAAUCAGAAUACAAGAUAAUUCGAGGCGAUGGAAUUGUUGUUGCUGAGGUUACAAGAAAGCAAGCAAAAGGAGGAGUAAUGUUAGGAAAUGAUGUAUUAAACUUGGAAGUGGAGCCAAAUAUGGAUAAAUCUCUCAUAAUAUCACUUGUUGUAAUUCAUGGUCUAAUGUCUCAUAAGAUUUAACUUAUAGAAAACCUUCAAUAUACCAUCCUAUCUAACCCCCCAAAAAAGAAAAAAGUAAGAUUAAAGUAUCUAAUUCGAAAAAUUUGAGGAAAGUUGAAUGUAGUUUUUGACAACUAUUGUUUAAUUUUUUCGGCAUCCAAAAGGUGUGUUGAUGAGCUACAAACAUUAUGUGGCCUGUUAUUAAGCAACCCCUCGACAUGUAGAUAUGAUGGGUGAAGAUUUGCAACUUUGAAUUUUGUACUCGAAAAACAGAGAUAUGUAUAUAAAUUUUUGGCCAUGUAAUUGCUCGUGAUGUGUGUAUAUCAUCAUUUUUAUUAAAUCAAUGAGGAACACUCGACUUUCUAUUA